ACGUGAUUGAGCAAAGACGUUGAAAAUAAAGCUAUCGUAAAAUGCAUUUGCUUCGUGGCGACGCGCAACGUCAAAAUAAUUCCUAGUGGAAAGCACGGUGGACAAAUUGUGUCAGUACUUGAGUCUCAUGUUAAAACGGGAUCCGUGACAGGUGAUAAUUCCGCUGCCUUGUUGUACCACAAAGGCCAAGAAGGACAUCUGUAACUGAAGGGGAGAAGACCUUUCAGUCACCAUGGCUGCAAAUGUGAUACCGGCAAAUGUGUCACUUGUGAGAUAUGAUAACCCCGUGCUAGUGACAAAACACACGGAGAAGAAAACGCCUAGUGCCAAAGACAAGACAACUGCUCCAGUACCGCCCGAAGGCUUAGGACCGGUGCCCACGGCUGCCCAGGGCGCCGCGCCUAAACGGACUGGACAUGGCGAUUCGAAACAGGACACCGAGGAAGUGCUGAACUCUAUCAUUCCGCCUCGCGAAUGGGAAGAGGAAGGGGGUCAGCUAUGGCGGCAGCAGGUCUCUACCACCCCGGCCACUCGGUUGGACGUGCUGAACCUGCAAGAGCAGCUGGACAUGAAGCUGCAGCAGCGACAGGCUAGGGAGACGGGUAUCUGCCCAGUGCGGCGCGAACUGUAUUCACAAGCUUUCGACGAAGUAAUCCGACAGGUGACCAUCAACUGCGCGGAACGAGGCCUGCUACUGCUGCGGAUCCGGGAUGAGCUACGCAUGACACUCUCCGCCUACCAGACACUCUACGAGAGUAGCUGCGCGUUCGGCAUGCGCAAGGCCCUGCAGGCCGAGCAGGGCAAGGAGGAGCUGGAGGCCAGCAUCGCACAGCUCGAGGUGGACAAGGAGGAGUUGCUCAGACAGGUCACUGAGCUGCGCGCCAAGUGUGACCAGAUCGAAAAGCGGGCGCAGGAGCAGCGCCAGGCUGAGGAGCGGAAACACGCUGAGGAAAUCCAGUUCCUGAAGCGCACCAACCAGCAGCUCAAGACGCAGCUAGAGGGCAUCAUCGCGCCCAAGAAGUAGCGGCAGGUGCGGGUGGCGCGAAGGAUGACCUCUCGGCAGGAUGGACAAUGCGUGGAGACGCAGCCACGUGGCAGUGAAGGAGCGCUGGUCCGUUUGCGGUUGUUGGUCAACGAGACCGGAUUGGCUCGCGGCGUGGGAGGUGCGGUGAGGUCACAGCUGGGUGGACCAGGCCGGUGGGUAAGGUAUCAGACUAGUGAAGGCAAAGGGUUUCUACCUCGGCGGUCGGUGCAAUAACAGAGCGAUACUGAUAGCUUGUGGGGGACAUUGUGUCCUGUGAAAUCCCAUCAUACGCGCACUAUGUGGUAAUAGCAAGUGAAAUACAACGAAACAAGAUACC